GCCGGCUGGCUGGAGAUGGGCGGCGCGGUGCCGGGGGGUGUAGGACCUACUUCAGGGUCAAAAUUAAAAGUUCCUGAACUGAGUAUAAAUGGCACACAGCACGUCAUCCAAGCGGGCCAGACUUUGAAUCUCACAUGCAGGGGGGAAAUGGUUCAUUCAUGGUCCCUGCCUGAAACACUAAGUAAAGACAGCAAAAGGCUGAAAGUAAUUAAAUAUGCCUGUGGAAGGAAUGGGAAACAGUUCUGUAGUAGUCUGACCUUGAGCAGAACUCAAGCAAAAGACACUGGAUACUAUGGCUGCAAAUACCCAUCCUCAAGUGCUGUAAAAAAGAAGACAGAACCUACAGUCUAUAUAUUUAUUAACGAUACAGGAAGUCCAUUUGUAGAGCUGCACAGUGACAUACCUAAAAUUAUACACAUGAUUGAUGGAAGAGAGAUGAUCAUACCAUGCAGAGUCACAGCUCCAGACACUGCUGUUACUUUAAAGAAGAUCCCACUAGAGACUCUGAAUCCUGAUGGGAAGACAAUAGUCUGGGACAGUACGAAAGGCUUUAUUAUCCCCAAGGCGACAUACAAAUUCAUUGGGCUUCUUAGCUGUGAGACAAUCAUUGAUGGGCAUAAGUACAGUACAAAAUAUCUAACACACCGACAAACCAACACAAUUUUUGAUGUCCAGUUAAGCACCCCAAGUCUGGUCAAACUGCUGAAAGGGGACAGCCUUGCAAUUAACUGUACUGUUGCUGCAGCCUGGAACACAAGAGUUCAGAUGACCUGGAGUUAUCCUGGAGAGGCAAACAAGAGAGGUUCUAUAACCCAACGCAUUGACCAAAAAAAUACAGAAGCUAAUAUUUUUUACAGUAUUCUAGUUGUUGACAAAGUAUGUGAUAUUGAUGAAGGCCAGUAUACCUGCUAUGUGAAGAGUGGACCAUCAAUCAAAUCUGUUAACACAACAGUUCGUGUUUAUGAUAAAACAUUUAUUAAUUUGAAACAUCGAAGAAAAAGUGUGCUUGAAGCUGUAGCUGGCAGAAAGUCCUAUCGGCUAUCAAUGAAAGUGAAGGCAUUUCCUACACCAGAAAUUGUAUGGUUAAAAGAUGGAUUACCUGCUGCUGAAAAGUGUGCACGGUAUGUGGUUAAAGAUUAUUCAUUAAUCAUUAAGGAUGUAGCUGAAGAGGAUGCAGGAGAUUACACUAUAGUUCUGAAUAUACGACAGUGGAACUUAUCUAAGAACCUAACAGUCACUCUCAUAGUAAAUGUGAAACCUCAGAUUUAUGAAAAUGCUGUGUCAUCAUUUCCUGAUCCUAAUCUCUAUCCAGUGGGCAGCAAUCAAGUGCUGACUUGCACUGUUUAUGGUAUUCCUCAGCCUAAAAUUACAUGGAUUUGGCAUCCUUGUAGACAAAAUCGUUCCAAAGCAAGGUAUGGCUUUUGCUCUAACACUGAGGGAUCUUUCACCUUGAAACCUGGCAGCAUCACAGGAAACAGAAUACAGAGCAUCAGUGAGCGCAUGGCAGUAAUAGAAGGGAAGAAUAAGACUGCUAGCAUUCUGGUUGUAGCUGAAGCCAAAUCGUCCGGAAUUUACAGCUGUGUGGCUUCCAACAAAAUAGGGACAGUUGAAAGAAAUGUUAGCUUUUAUGUAACAGAUGUACCAAAUGGAUUUCACAUUAAGUUGGAAAAAAUGCCCAUUGAAGGAGAGAACCUGAUAUUGUCCUGUUCGGUCAGCAAAUUCCUGUACAAAGACAUUGCCUGGAUUUUACCAAGGACAGUUAAUCAAACAAAAGCAAAAAAACCUCUCCCUAAGGAGUACUCCAUUACCCUCCCUCUCACCAUCAAGAAUGUUUCCCUGGAACACUCAGGCACCUACACCUGCAAAGCGCGGAACAUAUACACAGGAAAAGAAGUGCUUCAAAAGAAAGACCUUACAAUUAGAGCUCAAGAAGCCCCAUCCCUCCUGCGCAACCUCAGUGAUCAGACAGUGAACUCCAGCAACUCUGCUGCAUUAGAAUGUCAAGUGCAAGGCAUCCCAGAGCCCCAGAUAUUCUGGUUUAAAAACCAUGAAGAAAUACAUGAAGAACCAGGAAUAAUUUUAGGACCAGGAGGCAGAAUGCUGUUUAUUGAAAGAGUCAAAGAGGAGGAUGAGGGACUUUACCAGUGUGUAGCCACCAACUUGAAAGGCUCCGUGGAGAGUGCAGCUUAUGUCACAGUACAAGGAAAAUCACUUGGCCAUGGUGCUUUUGGGAAAGUGAUACAAGCAGCUGCUUUUGGAAUUAAAAAAUCACCCACAUACAGAAUAGUUGCUGUGAAAAUGCUGAAAGAAGGUGCCACAGCAAGUGAAUACAAAGCUUUGAUGAGUGAAUUGAAAAUCCUGAUACAUAUUGGGCAUCAUCUAAAUAUAGUAAACCUUCUUGGAGCUUGCACAAAAAGUGGAGGGCCUCUGAUGGUGAUUGUUGAAUAUUGCAAAUAUGGAAACUUAUCAAAUUAUCUGAAAAGCAAAAGAAGUUUUUUCUUUCCAAGCAAGGAUGCAUCAUUGCAAGCGGAUCAGAUGAAAGAAAAAAAGAAUACUGAACUGGUGGAAGGUGAAAAACAAAGGCUGGGUAGUGUCACCAGCAGUGAGAGCUUAGCAAGCUCUGGCUUUCAGGAAGAUAAAAGUCUGAGUGAUGUGGAAGAGGAUGAUGAGGAGUCUGCUGAGUUUUACAAAUUGCCCCUUACAAUGGAAGAUCUGAUUUCCUACAGUUUUCAGGUGGCAAGAGGCAUGGAGUUCUUGUCAUCCAGAAAGUGCAUUCAUCGUGAUCUAGCAGCCAGGAACAUCCUUUUAUCUGAGAACAAUGUGGUAAAGAUCUGUGAUUUUGGCCUUGCAAGAGAUAUUUAUAAGAACCCUGAUUAUGUGAGAAAAGGAGAUGCACGACUUCCCCUCAAGUGGAUGGCUCCAGAAUCCAUAUUUGAUAAAAUCUACAAUACGAAAAGCGAUGUGUGGUCUUAUGGAGUCUUGUUGUGGGAAAUAUUCUCUUUGGGUGCUUCCCCUUACCCAGGUGUCCAAAUAGAUGAGGACUUCUGCAGCAGACUGAAAGAAGGCACAAGAAUGCGUGCCCCACAAUAUGCAACAACAGAAAUCUACCAAAUCAUGUUGGACUGCUGGCAUGGCAAUCCCAAUGAAAGACCACAGUUUUCAGAGCUGGUGAAAAGAUUAGGGGACCUGCUUGAAGCAAAAGUGCAACAGGAUGGCAAGGACUAUAUUCCCCUGAAUGCUAUAUUUACUGCAGAUACUGGGUUUGCAUACUCAAGUCCUACUGCAACCAAGUCUCCUUUGAAUGAAGAUGUAUCUGCUCCAAAAUCAAAUUGUGAAAGCACUGAAAAUAUGAGAUACAUAAAUACCUUCAAAAUGAAAGCAACCCAAAGAGUGAAGACCUUUGAAGAACUUCCAGUCAAGAAUACCUUUGUAUUUGAUGAUUACCAAGCAGACAGUGGGAUGGUGCUGGCUUCAGAAGAACUGAAACGCUUCACUUGGGCAGACAGCAAACAAAAACAGAUGUUCUUUGGUCUGAAAGCUGGCAGCAGGAGCAAGGAGUCUGUUCUCUCUGGAAUGACCAAGCCAAGUUUCUUCAGUUUCAGCUGCGGCCACCUCAGUGAAGCUAGUCGAAGACUUGCUUACGGCAGCUUGGUGCUGGAGAAGAUGAAGACGUGCAGGUCUCCCCCUCCUGACUACAAUGCCAUGGUCUUCUAUUCCCAACCCCCUGUGUAAAGAACUGCUUAACAAAGGUUCAGAAUAUGGACACAAAAAUGCUUGGAGCCCUUUCAAAAGGGCACCAGCUGGUACUUCAAUAGUUGUGCACGAACAAGCUGAGAACGAUUCAAAUCCAGCAAAUGCAAAUGCACUGGAGUGUUAAAGUUGGAGUGACUUGCUGUAUUUGAAUUGUUCUCAGCUUGUUCACAUGUAAGUUAGAACAUACCAGCUGCAGCCCUUUUAAAAAGGCUCCAUCCUCUCCAAGCCUACUUUAAUCUGAAACAUGUUUCUCCCUUUCCCCCUCUGAUAAACUCAUAAAUUCAAAAGCUUAAAGAGCUGCUUUUUGAGCAAUCGGACCGGUUUUCUCCCCCAGGCACUCACUGAAACUCACAUGACCUACUUUCCUUCAGACUGCAUUAAUUGCAGCACUUGUGUGAAACGUCCUAGAGCCUUACUGCUGAGGCCAAGGGCUUGGCUUUCUCAAAUGUUCAACACCUGUAGUGCUCAAAUGGCUAGGUCUGCCUGCUCAGUAUUCCAGAAAAUUAGGCACCUAAUUGCCAUAAAGACCCCAGCUGACUUCUGGUCCCCCCCAUGCAGCAGUGGCAGAUCUGACUCCCAUACCAAGGGUGAUGUGUUAUUUAAGUGGCAUCCCAACCAUUUAGGAGCAUUGACAUUUGAAAACAGGAACCCAAUUCGACUUUCCUUAAGGAUAGCAUGGUGAAAACAGUAUAGCACUGUUCAUGUUGGUGUGGGUGCGACAGAAUGGCAAGUGACUAGGUGGGGACCUUCCAGGUUGCAUACACAGCAAGUCCUGCAAUCGAUUUCCAGGGACUGAGAAGUUCCAGUACAACAGCCUCUUUGUGGAAGCCAAGUUUACUUGCAUAGGACUGGGAGAUGAAAGCACUUUUGGCCCCAACUUCUUUUUUUAAGAUCAACAAGGCUUUGUACUUUGAGUGUGAUGGAAAACUAAUGCUUUGAGGGCCCUUCAGUUCUGGUAACCCCAGACUUAAGUUUUAACUUAGCAGCUCCCACACUAGUCUGCAGACCAGUUAGUGCAAAGAUCACACUACCCCCUCCCCUGCCCUUUCAAUGAAGACCAUGAGAAUGGAACCUAUUGGUUUACACAAUAAGUUGGAAGGUCAACAAUGGUCAAAAAAGUCCAGUGGCCACUGUCAUGCUACUUUCUUAGACCAUAAGACCAAGCCAAGGUCCUCUUGAACUAGGAAUUUCCACACACUCUACAAAGUGCAGUCAAGGAUACAAAAAUUAAACUUGAUUGAAUUAAUACACAGAUAUGCUUUCUCAAGCUUGAUCAGGUCAAGCAAAUCAUCUUGCACUUUGUCAUUCUCCCCUUGAAUGUGCACUGGAGAUAUUUUAACUUAAGAUGCUUAAGCUAAAUUUAUUCUAUGAUACCUGCUGGGCUGUCUAAUAUAUUGCACUGAUUAUCUCUUACUUAUGGGAAUCUGUCAGCAAUGUAACAAGGUAGCCAGUAAGUUCUGUAUAUUGCUAAAAUGAAAAACCAGUUAUUAGAUGGUGGGGAAAAGGUUACUCACCAGUAACUAACUCUAUGACUUUUGGUGGUGAUGGAAGCUUUUCCAUAAGUGCAACUGAAUUUCAAAUUCUCUUAAUAGUAUUUGUGUAUUGUAGCAAAAGUAUAUCAGCAAUGCAUCCCAUACUUUUUGCGCAGCAACUCAGAAAGGAAAUCUGUCCUGGGCUUCAACAGCUGUAAAGAUGCACUUUCCCCCGUAAGCUUUGUAUGCAAUAUUAAAAGGCCUUCAUAAAAAGUUUAUAACAAGUUAGAGCAGAAAAUAUUCUCUCCCCCCCCCUUUUUUUUAAAGGAGGAAAACACCUUUGAACCAAUUAUUAAAGAGUGUUUUGUAAGUGUCACUCCUUAGCCAGCUGUUCUAAAGAACACUCUGUGACUGGCAUCUACUCCUAUCAAGGGACUGUGACAUUGUCUAACUGUGACAAUAUGUAGUCUCUCAGUGGUGGAGAAAUUGAUCAAAAUCUGAUGGGCAAUACCCACUUUCACUAUAAAGAAUGGAUAGUAUAUCUCUGAAGGAGGGUUGCAUAAUGUAAAUAGGAAUUAAAUAUGCUUUUUGUGCAUAAAUAUUUAAGAAUUGGAAUACAAGAUUACUUUUAUAUGAACUUUAAGUUCCUUGGGACAUAAAUAACGCACUUUUUCUUACACACAUAUUUUUAUAUAAUAAUUCAUUGCUAGAAUCCUACAAUAAACUUUACAUUUUGAAAGUCUUCUUCAAGUUUUGCAUGGGUGAUUUGAACAGAUGGAUUAGAAGACUCCAUGGGGCAGUACUCCCAAAUAUGCUGACAGCUUUAUAGUCAAAUAACAGCACCCAUGUUUUCUGCAAAAGUACACUUCCCACAAGGCACACAAGUGCUAUGUUGGAUAGUGAUUACAAUGGCUUGCAUGUGAAAUGUAUAAAGUGCACUGAACUGAAAAGUAAGGUGGUGCCCUCUACUCCUUCAGGAUGUUACUUUACUAGCUUUUGAAAGCCAUCUGCAAAGAAAAGCUACUCCUUCUAACAUUUCCCUCAGAAAAUUGAACAUUAUCUGGUCAGUGUUUGUUUAACUUCUGCCUCUUCCUCCACUCCUUCAUUAAUCCGCACCUCUGAAGCAGAGUGGUAAAUUGGCAGCAGCCUCUAAGAUGCCAUGGUAACCCAGCACAAAACCUCCGAGCAAGUAUAAUGAGAAAAAUCAAUGUCAGAAGCACAGAAUAGGUCACAGGAGCCAAAGUCUUAUGGCAGUGGUAGUGCUGAACUGCCAUCUUGUUUUUCAUGGGUCUGUUGGCUCUGUGAAUGUCUUAACUUACCUUUUCUGAUUUGGAGUCUUCUGCAAGGCUUCAUUUACUUAAAAGUUCACUUGGAAAGACAUAUCAGAAUGACCCUGGAAGAACAACUGUCCAUGCUUGGUAUAACUCUGAUUAUGAUCAAGAGAAAUUUCUGUUUUGUACUGAUGCUUGAUGUACUGUGCCUUUAUGCCAAUCUAAGGGAGAUUUACUGUGACUGGCUGAAUAGCUGAUUCUUGCUUUAAAUUCAAAAAAUAUUCUCUAGGAGGCUACUUCAAGCCGCCAUUCAGUAGCUUGGCCAGAUACUAAAUACUUUUGAUUCCUGCAUAUGAGAGGAUUCCUAAAUGUGUCCCUCCCUCCACCCCCAUUAAAGAUGCAAGUUGGUAUCUAGAAGAUCUAAAUUAGAAAGAAAGAGGGUAUAGCAGUAUUCACCAAACCUUGUGGGUUUAUGCCACAGUAGCAAAAUCAGGCACUGUUGCAGCACCCCUAUUUCAGCCACUGCCACCAAUUCCCUCCCACCGGUAGUGGGGGUGGCUGAAGUUAGCUUGUCUCAGAUGGCUCAAAGUCAAGUAAAUUCUGCACUGGGAUAGCCGGUAGAGUAGUUCUUGGCAUGUCUAGUACAUUUUGAGGUUUGCAGAUGAAUAUUGUAAAUAACUAGAAAUAUAGUACUGGAAGAGAUACAAAUCCUCAUGCUUCUAAACCAGUUAUUCUUAACUAAGAUGCCAUGAGAUCCUUUUGAAGGUGCCACACCCGUAUUAGUUACGCAAACCCCUACAUGUGAUUCACAAGAUAAACCCAGAGAUUUCAAAUAGGAAUGCAUCAUGUCAAAAACAUUCUGACCUGUCAUGGCCUUUUUAAGUUCUCUGCAACAGAACAACUGCUUUACUAUUGUUCCAGUCAAGAAAUAAGUAAAAAAUAAGAUCUGGCAUAUUCUAAGGGGUGCCCUGAGUCUAAAAAAGGGUAAGCACUUGCACUGCAGGUUGACCGCCCCUGCCUUAGGGCUUUUUUCCCCUCCCCAAACCUGCCUCUGCAGUGCAGACAUGAGGCAUGCUAAGGAAGAUGCAUGUUGUCCAAGAUCCCUGGGAAUUUGUUUCCCCAUUUCUUAAAUUCACAUUCUAGUUCAUACAAAAAGUUAUAACCCACUGCUUUUGGUUUACUAGCUACUGCAAGUUACUGAGGAGUGCUGCUGUGAGACUUCUGUAGCAGAUGAGAGAGAUGUGUAUGUGCAUGUAGUUGUUGAACCCACUUUUAAGGAAAUGAGAGAGUUAACAGUAGAGAAGUGCUUCCUGCCUUCUGAACUUCUGAGAAGUGCAUCAAGCAAACUUGCUGCAGCUUUAUUUUAGUCAUAUGCAAAAUAAACUCUCUAAAGCAAUAAUGCAAUUUAAGGGACCAACGGUCCAGAUUCAAUUUAUGCAAGAAAAACAGAAAAUUGACAAUUUUACAUGUAUUAUACAAAAUCUUAUGACAUUACAUAAACAUGUAGGAGGGUUGUGUGGGUACAGAGGACUUCACCCCACUAGUAAGUCACUUUUGCUGGUUAACAAUACAGAACAGAAUUUGGGGCAUUGAAGAGGUCACUUAUUUCAUGUGUAAUUUUCAGAUAAACUAAAACACAUUGUUAUUGGACAAGAGAUCUUGAUAAACAUGGAUGGAAAGGUAUUUUCAACACAGUUUCUUAGAGUUAGGGACAGUCUAUUUACGUAAAGCGGACCUGGUUUGAUACAAGCAGAAAGGAGCUACUACUUGGACUUGGGGGUUAAGGAAAUGCAUAUUACUAUGUCUCUAAUGUACAGUAUCUAGAAAUUUUAGGCCAAGUGGUAAACAUCAAAUGCAGUUUGCACAUCAUGAUUGUUCAAACUCUGCAUUGGAGUCAUUUACAGAGUGAAAUACAAAAGGAAUUUCUGAUGGAAUGAAAUAUUGUUCCAAUACUAAAGAUGUAAAAAAACGCUAUCCAGCUUGACUACUUAGCAUGCUCAAAAUAAGGCUACAUUAUUUCUGGUAUUCUUUAUUAAAAAUACUGCUGUACACAUGGAGAAUGAAAACAGAAUUAAAGAUGAGUAACACAUUGGGAUCGUGACAUAAAAACAUAACAUAUUGGUGCUUUCUGGGGGAAGCUGUUGACAUCUGAAUUACUGAAACCAGGGCAAAACAAAAAUACGUAGGUACCCUCAACAAAAUAUUUACAGCAUAGUAAAUACAGAAACAGAAUCUAAAACA